AAUGCCACUGACCUAACAGGGACUCAAGUCGACAUUGGGCUGUCACUGCUCCCUGCUCCUAUCCCGCAUUGACAGCGGGGCUACUCGAAGGCUUGUAGGUCGAAUGCUUUGCUUUGUGUGAUACGGGAAGCUGUUCAACGUUUUGUAGCUCUAUAUGAAAUCGACAUUGUGAUAAGGACUUUUUCUUCUUCCAUCUUUCCUUUCAAAAAGCGGAGUUUAUAAUUCGGCAAGUAGUGAUGAAGAAUCUACUCUCCUGGAUAGUCCUGACGUUUUGGAUAUUUUUAGAGUGUAUAGAGGCCAAGAAGUCUUGCUGGUAUUUUGAAGGUGGAUACCCCAUCUACUUUAUAUGCCGCUCGUACGAGGACUGCUGUGGCACGCGCUGCUGCGUCCGAGCCCUCUCCAUCCAGCGGCUAUGGUACUUCUGGCUGAUGCUGAUGAUGGGGGUGCUGUUCUGCUGCGGUGCAGGCUUCUUCAUCCGUAGGCGCAUGUACCCCUUGCCCCUCAGCGACGAGCCUGCCUUCAACGUCUCCUUCACCAGGCAGCCCAUAUCCACGCCAGUAUCCCAGCAACCUGGCAUGGUGGGCUACGGCGACCCUGGCGUCAUGACAUCACCCCUCACCCCCACCUACCCCAUCCAGCUCGGCCCUGCCCACAUGAGCGCCUACCCUCCACCGCCCUCGUACUGCAACCACCCACCCCCGCCCUACGAACAGGUGUUCCGGACACCAGAGAAGAGGUAAAGGCUGCCAGUGUCUGCGGCGUCAUUGACGGAGACCAUUGGCGUCCCCUCCGUUUCUUCUCCUUCAUGGUGACCUCAUCACGAGCAGAACUGACAGGACAAGGAGAGGAGGGGACAUCUACAGUCUGUCUGCCACUGUUAUACCUUCACCAUCAGCCCAAGUCCUAGAGACAAGAUACAGACAACCACCUUUAGAGACAAACUGCCUUCUGGGGACCUAUGCCGCAGGCGGUGGUCUUCUGGACAAAGACAGGCUGAAUUUAUCUCCGUAUCUCCAUGGCUUGGAUUUCACUGUCAUUCACCCUUCCUCCAUCUUGCCCACUUUUUUCACAAAAGUAUAACUAUCCACCUCAGUCUCUUCUGCUGGCAAUGCCAUCUUGAUGGGCAUGGUCUUGCCUGUGACUGUGAUAUGUACUGAGUCGCUCACAGAGUCCUGUAGAUGGGUGUUCAUGCCACAGACACCAAACUGUGGAAGUCGAUGACGAAAGCUUACCCAAGAUCAGCACAUUGCUUUUAGAUGAAUAUCGAUUCAAGUAAACAUUAGGGUAGAGAAGCUGAUCCAGGACCAAGGGCAUAAGACCAAUCACUAUCUAAACUGUACAGGAGCAAUAUCAAAUUUGAGUUGAAAGGCACCUUUGAGAAGUUGAAAAAAAAGGCAUUUAAAUGGCUUAAAAGGUUCAAAGACUUUCCUAUUAUGAGGCUGAAUAAUUGGGCUUCUCUCUGUAGCUGUCUGUGUUCACCUAACACUGAGAAAAUGUUAAAUAGACAAUAAACACUUGUCAGGAUGCGUUGUGCAAAUUGUGCCCAUUUGCUGUGAAGGGAAAGGAAACCGACCUGGAUUUAUCGGACCUAUUAUGUGCGCUGGAGAGAGCGGUAAUUAUGAGGCCGAUUUGUUUGCAACGUUUCAUUCACAUUACGGAUGCGUGUGUGUAUUCCUGUGGUGCUGACAGUGGCGAUUCAGCGCUCUGGAUCGGGACAUCACAAACUGGCAGGGAAUGUGUAGUUCAGUUGGUACAGCAUGGCACUUGCAACACCAGGGUUGUGGGUUCGAUCCCUAUGGGGGACCAGUACAAAAAAAUGUAGGAAACUGUAUGCACUCCCUACUGUAAGUCGCUCUGGAUAAGAGCAUCUGCUAACUGACUAAAAUGUAAAUGUAGAAUCAAAUCAACCAGACGGACCCCCAAUUGAGACCAAGUCAAGUGGUUUCAAAUGACAAUUUGUCAGUGACUGCAUGGGUAUGGUGAAACCUACCACAACUCUACAUACGCCAUAUUCUCUAAGCAUCCAUUUCCCCUUGAAGCGAGAUGUGAUCCCCAUAGAAGUUCAGCCAUGGUUCUCAGAUCGACUUCAGUUUGUACAGUAAGUAGCUCAACCAGAAUGAGGAUUAACCCAAAACGAUAUGUUUGUUUCACACACGCAGGUCGCAACUGGAUUACAUUUUGCAUAUGGGAAGCUUUUCUGACCGAUGGCCCAUCCCAGUGAAACUGCUUACUUACGGAUUCUCAAUGUCAGUGCUGCAAUAAUCUCCAGACAAAGUAGUGGUAGAGUCACAAACGCUAGCUGCACUCUUUCAGUAGCCUAGUUCCUCAAACACGAUGUACCAUCUGUUCGCCAUUUAAACAUCUCACAUUAGAAUGUUAAUGACCAACUGGUUCUGCGUAGGUAGGUACAGCGCUGUACACCAUUUUACUGUGGUAAAAAUGGUUUUCAUGUGUGAAUCUGAAACCCUUUUGCAUUUUGGAGAAUAAAACAAUGGUUUGCUUUCGCAUAAACAAGCUAUCAAGCUCACAUGUAGAAUGUGUGUGUGUCGUAGAGGUCCCAUGUCCCAACGGUUGACCAGGUCCUCAAGCUGGCACUGACCAUUUGGGUGAAGGUACCAGGAUAUGUUCUUCUGUUUACACUUAUUUCUCAGUGGAUCAGGCACUCAACCCCUCCACAAAGGCAAUCGUGUGGAAAUGUCCUAAGAUAGGGCGUUGACUAUUUUCUGGGCAGGAUAUGAGACAUUACCAUCUGUUAAAACAGAUCGAACUAACCACCCAGUGUUAACGGUACAACUGUCAUUGGCUUGGAAUGUCCUUGUAGAUGUUAGUCGGCAAACUGGGGUACGUUGACACUAUUAGAGCAGAACCAAGGAGGGAGAUCUAAUUUAUGGUAAGUGUUACUAUUGGAUGAUGUGUAUACGUUUGGCUAAUAUGACAUGUCUCUAUUUGAUCAUUUAACUAUGCAACCAUGUUUUAAAAUGUCAUUUGUAGAGUUAGGAUGUGCUUUUACUGUUGUACCAAGACGGUUGGCUUUCGGCAUUUUACAUGACAAAAAAAUAGAAAUGAUCCAUCCAUGAUAAGGUUAAUAAAGUUUCCUUCCG